AUGAAGCCAUUCUUCUUGCUUAAUCAUCCUGAUACUAUGUACAAUUCUUCUCAAGUUGAUUGCAGUCAUUCAAUGGCCCAUACUCCUUAUCCUUGUGGUGAUCCUUAUUUUUCCAGUUCAUUAGUUGCUUAUGGACCACAGGCUAUUAAUCAACCCCAAAUGAUACCCCAGAUGCUGGGAUUAGCAUCCACCAGAAUUGCAUUACCAGUGGAGCUUGCAGAAGAUGGGCCCAUUUAUGUCAAUGCAAAACAAUAUCAUGGUAUACUGAGAAGGCGACAGUCACGAGCAAAGCUAGAGGCUCAAAACAAACUCAUCAAAAGUCGGAGGCCAUAUCUUCAUGAGUCACGGCACCGUCACGCAUUGAAGAGGGUUAGGGGGUCUGGUGGACGCUUUCUCAGUGCCAAACAGCUGCAAGAGUCUAAUGCAGAACAUGUUAAUAGUACCCAUUCAGGUCCGGACCCUAUGAAAGUUUAUCAAAAGAAGGAUGCAUCAGAGGUGGAAAGUCAUCCCUCAAGGACGGGAGAGAAUGCAUCCAUCACAUUUACAGCCAUCUCUGGCUUAACAGGCAUGUCCAGUAGCAGUCUCAAUUUCAGGCAGCCCGAACACAACUUCAUGGGGAACUCCCCAAACAUGGGGGGAUCAUCACAAUGCAGCGGGGGACUCACGUUUGGUGGUGGAGCUCGGCAAUGUGCUUCUGUUGGCCGGUGA